AUUAUUAUUCUCAAUUUUCCCGAAUUUUAUAGUUUCAUAAUUUGUAGGUACCUAUUAUAUUCCAAUUAAACAACGUCACAACUAUAAAAAAACAUAAGAACACAGUAAAUUGACGUUCGUGGGGGCAUACGUUUGACUGAAAUAUUCUACCGAAUAGUUUAAAUUUUCUUUAUGCUCAAAAAUCAAUAACUUAACCAGCAUACAUUUCUGCACAGCUGAGUACUGAAAGAGUGUGUGAAUCUAUCCGUCCGAACUCUGUGUUGUUCACAUAAAUAUAUUAAUUUGUCCACUGUUUGAUUAGGAUAACAGGAAACUUUACAAUGUUGAGAAAAUAUUUUAAUGGAUCACUAUCGAAUGAUGUGCACGAAUCAGUCAGAGAUGUCUGGGUGAGAGCAUUGUUGGAUCGUUACAGUGCACCUGACCGCCGGUGUCAUGGUCUUGAUGAUUUGAACGACUGUUUGCAACAAUUUGAAACAGCCAGAAGCUUAGUGAAAAAUCCAAAUGCAGUCAUUUUAGCAAUAAUAUUUCGAUAUUUUGAAUAUGAUCCUAAGUUAGCCGACUGCAGUGAAGACAAUAUAAAUCAUUUUCGAAGGUUUUCUGAAGAAUCUAAACUUAAUAUGGAUACAGUUUUGUGUGACAAUGUUAUUUCGUUAUUAAAAGUUGGUGCAACUAAUAGUACAGAAGAACAUAAAACUGAAGGAUGUUAUGGAUGUGAGGAUAAACAUUACUUUUUGGAUGUAGACAUGGCCAUUCUAGGUAUGGGACCGGCUGAUUAUGAAAAAUACACAAACCACGUCCGAGAAGAAUAUGCUUUCCUUGAUAAAGAAACUUAUAAAGAAUUGCGUAUAAAGGUUCUUGAAAGUUUUCUACAAAUUCCUAACAUAUAUGCAACAAAGUUCUACAGAGAUAAAUAUGAAUCAGUGGCUAGGAAUAAUAUACAAAGAGAAAUUAAUUCUUUAAAAUCAGUAUCCGUGUAAAUAUUUGAUGUGUAUAACACAGGUUUCUAUAGUGUAAUUAUAGAUAGAUAAAACACUGUUGUUUUAUUUAUCUAUGUGUAUACUAGAUUAGUAACUCAAAAUAAUUGAAGCUCGUCCAUCACGUUGUGGAUAGGAAAAAUUUGCAAACUUUUUAUGUAAUAUACCAAAACACCAAAGAAAUUCAUAUUGUCAUGCCGAUGUAAAUUUUCCAACCAUUAAAAUGGUGCUACAAAAUUAAUUUGAUGACACGAGCUGCUUAUCUAGUGUAGUAUAGAAGUCUGUGGUCUCUAAAGGUUGCUUUUAUUUUCAAACAUAAUAUAUUUUCCUUUUAAAAUUGUAUGUGCCAGUCAGGGUGUAUAUUUAAAUUUAUUGUUUUCCCUGAAUAACAUAUAAAU